AAUAUAUAAAAUAAAAAUAAAUAUAAAAUAAAAAUAAAAAGUAAAAUGAUGGGAAGGAUGUGGAGGAGAAAUGGAAGACAUUUAAAGAUUAAAUUUUAAGAGUACAGAAUUUUUAUGUCCCUGUUCGGUUGAAAGGAAAUAGUAAAAAUUGUAAAGGGCCAUGGUUUUCAAGGGAAAUUGGAUGCUUGGUUCGGAAAGAGAGAGAGAUCUACAAUAAUUAUAGGCUGCAUGGAGUAAAUGAGGUGCUUGAGGAGUAUAAAGAAUGUAAAAAGAAUCUUAAGAAAGAAAUUAGAAAAGCUAAAAGAAGAUACGAGGUUGUUUUGGCAAGGUGAAAGUAAAUCCAAAGUGUUUCUACAGCUAUAUUAAUAGCAAAAGGAUAACGAGGGAUAAAAUUGGUCCAUUAGAGAGUCAGAGUGGACAGCUAUCUGCAGAGCUAAAAGAGAUGGGGAAGAUAUUGAACAAUUUCUUUUCUUCGGUAUUCACCAAGGAGAAGGAUAAUGCAUUAUGUGAGGUAAGGGAAACAAGUAGAGUAGCUAUGGAAACUAUGUGAUUCAAAGAAGAGGAAGUACUGACACUUUUGAAAAAUAUAAAAGUGUAUAAGUCUCCAGGUCCUGACAGGAUAUUCUCUAGGACAUUGAGGGAAGUUAAUGAAGAAAUAGCAGGGGCUAUGACAGAAAUAUUUCAAUUGUCAUUAGAAACGGGAAUAGUGCAGGAGGAUGGGGGUACUGCGCAUGUUGUUCCAUUGUUUAAAAAGGGUUCUAAGAGUACACCUAGCAAUUAUAGACCUGUUAGUUUCACGCCAGUGAUGGGCAAAUUAAUGGAAAGGAUACUUAGAGAUAAUAUAUAUAAACAUCUGGAUAAACAGGGUCUGAUUAGGUACAGUCAACAUAGAUUUGUGCCUGGAAGGUCAUGUUUGGCUAAUCUUCUUGAAUUCUUGAUGGGAUUAUUCGGGAAAUUGAUGAGGGUAAAGCAGUGGAUGUUGUAUACAUGGACUUCAGUAAGGCCUUUAACAAGGUUCCUCAUGGAAGGUUGGUUAAGAAGGUUCAAUUGUUGGGUAUUAAUGGUGGCGUAGCAAGAUGGAUUCAACGGUGGUUGAAUGGGAGAUGCCAGAAAGUAAUGGUGGAUGGUUGUUUGUCAGGUUGGAGGCCGGUGACUAGUGGGAUGCCACAGUGAUCUGUGUUGGGUCCACUGUUGUUUGUCAUGUACAUCAAUGAUCUGGAUGAUGGUGUGGUAAAUUGGAUUAGUAAGUAUGCAUAUAAUACUAAGAUAGGUGGUGUUGUGGAUAAUGAAGUAGAUUUUCAAAGUCUACAGAGAGAUUUAGGCCAUUUGGAAGAGUGGGCUGAAAGAUGGCAGAUGGAGUUUAAUGCUGAUAAGUGUGAGGUGCCACAUCUUGGCAGGACAAAUCAAAAUAGGACAUACAUGGUAAAUGAUGAAUGCAGUUGAACAGAGGGAUCUAGGAAUAACCGUGCACAGUUCCCUGAAGGUGGAAUAUCAUGUCGAUAGGGUGGUUGUUGAGCCGUUGGUGUGUUGGCCUUUAUAAAUCAGAGCAUUGAGUAUAGAAGUUGGGAUGUAAUGUUAAAAUUGUACAAGGCAUUGGUGAGGCCAAUUCUGGAGUAUGGUGUACAAUUUUGGUCGCCUAAUUAUAGGAAGGAUGUCAACAAAAUAGAGAGAGUACAGAGGAGAUUUACUAGAAUGUUUCAGCAACUAAGUUACAGAGAAAGAUUGAACAAGUUAGGUCUUUAUUCAUUGGAGCGCAAACGGUUAAGGGGGGACUUGAUAGAGGUCUUUAAAAUUAUGAGAGGGAUAGACAGAUAGACAGAGUUCUAUGUUUCUAUGACAGAGUUGACGUGGAUAAGCUUUUCCCACUGAGAGUAGGGAAGAUUCAAACAAGGGGACACGACUCGAGAAUUAAGGGACAGAAGUUUAGGGCUAACAUGAGGGGGAACUUCUUUACUCAGAGAGUGGUAGUUAUGUGGAAUGAGCUUCCAGUGGAAGUGAUGGAGGCAGGUUCGAUUUUAUCAUUUAAAAAUCAAUUGGAUAGGUAUAUGGACGGGAAAGGAAUGGAGGGUUAUGGUCCUGAAGCAGGUAGAUGGGACUAGGGGAGAAUAAGUGUUUGGCACGGACCAGAAGGGCUGAGUUGGCCUGUUUCCGUGCUGUAAUUGUUAUAUGGUUAUAUGGUUAUAAAAUGAAUAUAAUUUAGUACAAGAUAGCCCAAUAAAGUCCUUUCAAAGAUAGUUUGAGGGUCUCCAAUGAGAUAGAUGGUAGCUCUGGACUGCUCUGGAUGGGAGAGGAUAAAAGAGGGAGUGGCCCGAGUGCGACCCAUUCUUGUUUAUGCUGAUGGCCUUUCUGAGACAGCAUGAGGUAUAAAUGGAGUCAAUGGAAGAGGUAUAGGUUGGUUUGUUUGAUGGUCUGGGCUGUACCAACGUUUCUCUGUACUUUAUUGCUUUCUUGGAUGGAGCUGUUCCCAAACAUUCUGUGAUCCAGCCCAUUAAAAGGGCGCAGUGGCGCAGCGGUAGAGUUGCUGCCUUACAGCGCCAGAGACCCGAGUCCAAUCCUGACUAUGUGUGCUGUCUGUACAGAAUUUGUACAUUUGCCCCGUCACCUGCGUGAGUUUCCUCCGGGUGCUCUGGAUGCCUCCCACACUCCAAAAACAUAGAAACAUAGAAACAUAGAAAUUAGGUGCAGGAGUAGGCCAUUCGGCCCUUCGAGCCUGCACCGCCAUUCAAUAUGAUCAUGGCUGACCAUCCAACUCAGUAUCCCGUACCUGCCUUCUCUGCAUACCCCCUGAUCCCCUUAGCCAGAAGGGCCACAUCUAACUCCCUCUUAAAUAUAGCCAAUGAACUGGCCUCAACUACCCUCUGUGGCAGAGAGUUCCAGAGAUUCACCACUGUCUGUGUGAAAAAAGUUCUUCUCAUCUCGGUUUUAAAGGAUUUCCCCCUUAUCCUUAAGCUGUGACCCCUUGUCCUGAACUUCCCCAACAUCGGGAACAAUCUUCCUGUAUCUAGCCUGUCCAACCCCUUAAGAAUUUUGUAAGUUUCUAUAAGAUCCCCUCUCAAUCUCCUAAAUUCUAGAGAGUAUAAACCAAGUCUAUCCAGUCUUUCUUCAUAAGACAGUCCUGACAUCCCAGGAAUCAGUCUGGUGAACCUUCUCUGCACUCCCUCUAUGGCAAUAAUGUCCUUCCUCAGAUUUGGAGACCAAAACUGUACGCAAUACUCCAGGUGUGGUCUCACCAAGACCCUGUACAACUGCAGUAGAACCUCCCUGCUCCUAUACUCAAAUCCUAAACAUAAAGGUUUGUAGGCUAUAAUUGUAAAUUGUCCCAAGUGUGUGUUGGAUAGUGUAUGUGUGCAGGCAUCGCUGGUCGGCAUGGACUCGGUGGGCCGAAGAGCCUGUUUUCCUGCUGUAUCUCCAAACUAAACUAAAUGCUUUUGAUGCCACACGUGUAGAAGUUGGUGAGAGUUGUUGGGGAUAUGCCUUCUAAGGAAGUAGAGGUGUUGGUGUGCCUUGGGUGGUCCAGGAGACGUUGCUGGAAGACACAGGAUCAUUUCAUUCCAAAAAGGAAGAAAUAUUCUAAGGGGAGUUGGAGGCAACCGUGGCUGACAAGAGAAGUUAGGGAUAGAAUAAAACUAAAAGAAAGAUGUACAACACAGCAAAGAGUAGCCGGAAGCCAGAGGAUUUUGACAAGUCUCCUGAGAGUGUAGUAGAUACAGUGACUAUUGUGAAAUUUAAGAAACAUUUGACUGAGCCUUUGAGUCACCAACACAUAGUAUGUUAUUUUUAGUUUUGUUUAGUUUAGUUUAUUGUCACGUGCACCAAGUCGUGUAUUCUCUGGGAAUAAAUUGUUUUAGGGCAAUGUUAUGUUCCCAUGGACACCAUAAUUGACAGUAUCUUUGUAAUCCAGAUUGAUGAUUAACAAAGUUAUCUAAAUUAAAAUUACCUAGUGUCCACUGUCUGAGUAGUUCACUAUAUUCACAGGGUUGUAUGGCCUGUAAUUUAAACGUACCACCACCUACAUAAGCUUUAAACCUUCUCUACUAACAACUUUGGCUCUCAACCAUCCCCUCAGUAAUGUCCUCAUUGAUUAUGCGGUUGAUAUUGUUGCCUUUAUCAAAAAUAGCAUUAAGGUGGAGUUGAUGUUUGGAAAGGGAUGUGUUCUGCUUCCUCUUGCGAGAUGAGUCAAGAACAACAGAUUACAAUGAGAUAGUUCAACCAGUUAAUCUGGUAAUUUUCCGAUGGCAUAGCCUACAAUUGGCUACAUUAUCAGGCGACAGCAAGCUCUAUAGACACUGGUUGGCUUGAUUGUAAUCAUGUAUUGUACACGCAACAGUAAACUAAACUCAAACUCGAAAGAAGGUGCAUUGUUGACUGAGUGAAGACUUUGAUACCCCUCAGCCACGCGAUCACGACUAUAAACGACUGAUACUCUACAAUCUGUGUUGCCAGCGUUUUCUGGAUACAGUGUAUUGUGUUGUGUGUUUUUGCAUCCCACCAUGUCUACAAACUGCCCAUCUGUGUCUACUGCUUCUGGUGUGAAGAAGAGAAUUUCACUUGAGAAGAAACUCAGGAUAAUUGGCCUGCAUGAAGGCGGCAAACCAGUAAUGGCCAUCGCACGUGAUUUAGGACGUCCGCACUCGACGAUCUCGAGCAUCAUUAAAAAUAAGAAGCGAAUCAGAGAUGCAGUGAAAUCAUCAGCAUCAGUUAGAUUUUCGCAAUCGAGGAUCUCGAGCAUCUUCAAGAAGAAGAAACAAAUCAGAGAUGCAGUGAAAUCAUCAGCAUCUGUUAAAUCCACGGUCAUCAGGAAGAAAAGAGCUAGGCCCAUUGAUGAUAUGGAGAGAUUACUUGUCACGUGGAUGAAAGACCAGAUACAGAAAGACAUACUGCUCACCUUAUCGAGAAUCCAGGCUGUUGCAAAAAGGUUUUUCAAUGCGUUAAAAGAGAAUUCUGAUGAUCCCACGUAUCCACAAGUGUUUACAGCAAGUCCUGGAUGGUUCCAACGCUUCAAAAUACGUCAUAAUUUUCAUAAUGUGAAGAUCAGCAGUGAGGCAGCAAGUGCUGAUACUGAAGGUGCCGCAGCUUUUAAGGAAGAGCUGAAUAGGAUAAUUGUGGAUGAGAAAUAUUUGCCAGAACAAAUAUUCAAUGUUGAUGAAACAUGCUUGUUCUGGAAGCGUAUGCCGGAGUUUACAGACAUUCAUCAAGAGUCGAAGACAAUGCCAGGAUUCAAGACAUACAAAGACCGUGUAACGCUGCUUUUGGGUGGAAAUGUCGCAGGAUUCAAAUUAAAGCCUUUACUAAUCUACCACUCGGAGAAACCUAGAGCAUUGAAGAAUGUGAGCAAGCAAACACUUCCCGUUUAUUAUCGCCAUAACAAGAAAGCCCGGAUGACAUUAGCAUUGUUUGCUGACUGGUAUCUAAACUGUUUUAUUCCGGAGGCAAGAGAAUAUUGUUGGAAAAACAACAUCCCAUUCAGAAUUCUUCUGAUCUUGGAUAAUGCUCCAGGACAUCCUCAAUUCAUCAACGACAUGCACCCCGAUGUAAAGGUUGUGUAUUUGCCACCGAGCAUAACCACACUCAUUCAACCAAUGGAUCAAGGUGUAAUAGCUAUGUUCAAAGCCUACUAUUUAUGGCAAACAUUUGCGCAGGCUGUUGGAUCGACUGAAUCUGGCCGAACACUCCGAGACUUUUGGAAUGGUUUUAACAUUCUAAAUGCUACCCGGAACAUCGCUGCAGCGUGGAAAGAUGUCACACAGAAAUGCAUGAAGUGCAUUUGGAAGAAAGUUAUGAAGACACAUGUGGACGCAUUCGAAUAUUUUAACAAAGAUUCUGCUGUUGAUAACAUAGUAAGAAACAAGAUAUUGGUGCUUGGGAACCAGCUAGAGUUGGACAUUGAUGAAGAAGAUAUUCAUGAGCUUGUUGGCAUUGAGGCUGAAGAACUUUCCAAUGAGGAUCUGAUCGAACUGGAGGAAGAAAGAAGAAAAGAAGCUGAGGCAAUGGAAGAAGAAGUUAUAGCCGAGGCACCAAAAACGUUCACAACAAAGACACUGGUGGAGGCGCUUGAUGCUAUCAGCAGUGGCGUACGGAUGUUGGAAGAAAUGGACGUCAAUCGUGAGAGAUUCACAAGAACUGACAGGCAGAUACAGGAUGCUCUUGCCUGCUAUUGGGAAAUAUAUAAUGAUAAAAAUAGCAAAUAAAUAAAUUGCAUAGUCAAAACUUGAUAUCUUCCUGAAGAACACUAUGUUUGGUAGGUUAGGUGUAUUAAAUGCAUAUUUGACUAACAAUAUUUUCAAUUUACGAUGGGUUUACAAAGCCCGAUCGUAAGCUGAGGAGCACCUGUGCGUCUAACUAUAGUCAUUCCUCCUUCUCACUGCUGCCAUCCAGCUAAAGAGAAAUAAACUUUACAGCGCACACAUCAGACUGAGGAGCAGCUUCUUUCUCUCUCUAUCAGGCUUCUGAAUGGUCCUUCCAUAAGUUGUAUCCAUUUUUAUAUUUAACGAAUGAAAUAGAUUUCAAGUUAUGUAUUACUCUGUUAUGGCCAAAUCCAGGUGUAUGUGUGAAUGAUGUAACAAAGCCUGUAUUAAAACCACUCAAUUUCCAGCUAUGAUGCAACAAUGCUGGAUGCUUCAGACAAUAUAUUGCAUGACAAUGCUGAGAUUAUAUUCUGUACCCUGUCUAUUCCCCUUUAUUAGGCCAACGGAACUUAUGUUUGACUUGAUUCUAUAGAUGAAUAGUAUUUUCUGAUUUAAUUGGAUUGCAUGCAAAAGAAAGCUUUUUCAAUGUACCUCGGGAAAGACAUAACAAGAAUAAAAUUAUACCUAUGCAA